CGCAGCUGACGAGAGCUGCUGCCACGAGCCGCGACCACAUCUGGUGUCGCACACAAGAGGGUGGAAGUGCUGGGUGGAAGAGAGGCUAAAAUUCGAGAAAUUCAGCGAGCUCGAGCGCAACUGUUGGCAUCAUGAGGGUGGACGAAACCGACCCUUGUCCACCUCUGUCCAAGCUUCGAAGUUCCCAGUUGGUGUUAUAGAUCAGAUGGGCGCGUUAUAACGUUGUUCUAGCGGUCGUAACAAGCAAAGCGGCUAAAAACACGCAAGAUCCAUGGACCUCCGCAAGCGCCGGCCCGAGACCCGCGAGAAGCGGACGACGACGACGACUACGCCACGGGAUGCGAGCGUGAAGGUCCGCUUCCGCACGUCGCUCCACAACACGGUUGUCGACGUCAUGGCCGCCCUCGACGGGUGGGAAGAGACCGAGAGCGACGUCGAGUGGGACUUGCACUGGGCCGACGUGGGCUGGGUGCGCGAGAACUUUGACGCCAUGGAGCCCAAGUGGCGCGACCACCAGCGCAUCAGCCACUUCAAGAACCAUUACGAGCUCACGCGGAAGGACCUUCUCAUCAAGAACCUCAAGCGCAUGAAGCGGCAGCAGUCCAAGAACGACCUUCUCGCGUCGGACGACAUACCGGACUUUUGGAGCGCCACGUUCGUGCUGCCGAUGGAGUAUGGCAUGUUUCUCGAGGACUUCAAGCGGUAUCCUGGCGCGCUCUGGAUCAUGAAGCCGAUCGGGAAGGCGCAAGGCCGCGGUAUCUUUCUCUUUGACAAGCUCAGCCAAAUUAGCGAGUGGAAGAAGGACCAUACGUGGAGAACCGACGUUGUCCAGACCAAGACGUCCGAUACGUACAUUGUUCAAAAGUACAUUGAGAACCCGUACACGAUCGGAGGCAAGAAGUUUGAUUUGCGGCUCUACGUGCUCGUCACGUCCUUUUCGCCGCUGAUUGUGUGGAUGUACCGCGCAGGCUUUGGUCGCUUCUCGAGCGCGCGCUAUUCGCAAGACAAGACGACAAUGGACAACUUGUACAUGCACUUGACCAAUGCGUCGGUCCAGAAAACGGCGUCCGACUACGACAAAACCGUUGGCUGCAAGUGGCCGCUCGCGCACCUCAAGCAAUUCAUGGUCUCCAAGCACGGCGUGCAGGCUGUCGACAUGCUCUUUUAUGACAUCCAAAUGGUCGUUCUGCGGUCGCUCCAGGCCGUCCAGCCCAUCUUGAUCCAGAACAAACACUGCUUCGAGCUCUACGGCUAUGAUGUGCUCAUCGACAGCGACUUGAAGCCGUGGCUCCUCGAAGUGAACGCGUCGCCGUCUCUCACGGGAGACACGGACGAGGACUACAACCUCAAGUGGAACUUGAUCAAGCACACGAUGCAGGUCGUCGACAUGGAAAGACAGCGCAGCGGCAACGAGCAGCACGUUGGCGGCUUUGACUUGAUUUGGGACAAUGGCGCCGUCCAAGAUGCCCAACCGAAUGGCUACCUCUCGUAUUUAGGCUGUGCGUUCGAGACAGAGGUUCACCCACCGCGCACCAAGGCCACGUGACGAGGCUUCCACGAGAUCCAAAUGUGCCACCUACCAAAACAUCUCAGAGUGAUGCAGUGGCUCAUUGCGGCAGAGUGAAGAGGAGCGAGAACGCCUGAGGAUCACACACGCCCUGCAGGUCGGGCAGCAGCAGAUGUACAGUACCGUAAUCGUGGACGACGACUCUUUUUAGCCAUUUUCAGACAUUAAUUGCA